AUGAGCUACAUGAUUCAGUCGCGAGAGGCGGCAUCGUUUGCGGUGUCCUCCUUAGGCUCAAAGGGGAAGGGCGACGACUUCCAGCACAUACUCGGCGGAGACACGUGUAACGGGUACACGGCAACUGAGGAGGGAAGUGCGGCACCUACGGCGGAGGUGAGUGACGAAAAGCACAGUUCCAGCUCCAGCUCGGAUUGCAAGAAGGAGGAUGAGAAGUGGGUCUGGGUGCUGGACCCGAUGACCAGAAAGCUGCGGGUGCCGCUGCACUUGCUCGUUCCUACCCACGCUACCUCGACGCCUGGAACUGUGCCGUCGCUCUGCAUAGCCUUCUUGGAAGGCCGAUGCCGCCACGCUUGGUGCCGUCAGGCGCACGUCGUGCCGUCUGCUAUUCCACAGCUGCGCUACGAAGCGUUGAGCUCACCCACGUGCUGCCAUUUCCACCAAGACCCUCAGGACAUCUCCAUGCUGACAAACCACUUCAAGUACGUGCUCAUCACUGGCAACGGAGGCAGUAACGAGCUGAUUCCUGCGGACCGUGUGGCGUGCACAGUUGGGCUGCGCCGCUACUUGGUGCACAACGCCCCCAAGAAGUCUGCCUGUGCGUCCAACAACGCGACAGAGAAGCGGUCGGCGGCUAGCGAAAACGAUGUCCUGGAGCUUCCGGCGAAGUUCAUCUGCCGUUUGCACUUAGCGCAUCGCUGUCGGUACCUGGAUGACUGCAACAACAUCCACAUCUGCCGCGAGUUUGAAGUUCGCCUGCAACCGCCGCCGCAGAUCCUGAGCUCACUCAACUCCGUCACCACCUCGACACGCACAGUGAGCAUCGGCGACACGUGCUACACCGUCACCCCGCUGGCGGUUGGGGAUGUGAGCGAUGACGAUUUCAACGCUAUCGCCGAGGCAAAAAGGAUCGACUACCGUAACGCCAGCACUCCUGCAUCCAUGGCUUUAAAGAGUGCCAUCCCGCCAUACGACGUGGCCCUCAGCGGCACCAGCAGGAGCGGCAGCCCUAUGCCUUACUCCGUCGCUGGUGGUGCCUUCCCGACGUUCCCGGAGUAUCGUUACACACUACGUACGCCCAACACUAAUGCCGUAACACCGCCGUCGGGGCAGUCACCAGCCUUCCUGCACGCAGAGUCUCCGUCGCAGAUGCCACAAGGCGGCUUUGGCUUUGGUGGCCACCUACGUGUGUACGAUGUGCGUCCCAAAGCUCAGUCCGACACAGCGACACCCAGCUGCACCAACAGCCCUGCAAUAAAUCCCAGUGCACAGGAGAAGAGCAGCGCGGGCGGAAAGUUCGCCCCGUUCAAGUAUACAGAUAGCUCAUCUCCCACGGUCAUGGCGACCCGCUUCAGCGGAACGAGUGGAGGCAGCGGCGUGAGUCUUGCAACGAGCGGGACGAACACUCCCUUGGCUACCGGCGGGUACAGCACUAUAUCCGGGCGAACUACUGUUACAGUCAGGAAGUAA